AUGAGUAAAAUAGUGUUGAAACUGUGUUUGUACCUCUGUAGAGUUGUAAAGCCUCAUUUUGCAACAAUAGAAGAGAUGGCAGUGUUUCACACAGACUCAUACCUGCAGCACCUGCACAAGAUCAGCCAGGACGGAGACAACGAUGACCCUCAGUCUGUGGAUUUUGGAGUGAGUUAUGACUGUCCAGUGGUGGAGGGUAUUUUUGAUUACGCGGCUGCCGUCGGAGGAGCCACUCCGACUGCUGCCCAGAAUCUGCAGGAUGGAAAGUGUGAUGUGGCCAUCAAAUGGGCUGGAGGGUGGAAUCACGCCAAGAAGGACGAGGCAUCUGGGUUCUGUUAUGUGAAUGACGCUGUUCUUGGAAUCCUUAAACUGCGGGAGAAGUAUGUGAGAGUUCUCUAUGUGGAUGUGGACCUUCACCAUGGAGAUGGUGUAGAGGACGCUUUCAGCUUCACCUCUAAAGUCAUGACAGUGUCUUUGCACAAGUUCUCCCCUGGCUUCUUCCCAGGUACCGGUGAUGUGACUGACACUGGGCUUGGAAAAGGACCCUGGUACGCUGUUAACAUUCCCUUUGAGGAUGGAAUCCAUGACGAUCAUUACUGCCAGACCUUCACCAGUGUAAUGCAGGAAGUGAAAGCUUACUUCAACCCUGAAGCAAUUGUGAUGCAGUUGGGAGCAGACACCAUGGCGGGUGACUCCAUGUGUUCUUUCAAUAUGACUCCUGUUGGAGUGGGAAAGUGUCUGAAAUAUAUACUGGGCUGGGAGUUACCUACUCUGCUGCUAGGAGGAGGUGGCUAUAACCUUGCUAAUACUGCCCGCUGCUGGACCUACCUAACAGGGACCGUCCUAGGACAGACUCUGUCCUCUGAGAUACCAGACCAUGAGUACUUUACAGAAUAUGGCCCAGAUUAUUCUUUGGAGAUUAUCCCAAACUGCCGACCCGGCCGCAAUGAGAGCCAGCAGUUGGAGCGGGUUAUCAGCUUCAUCAAAGGGAAUCUGAAGAAUGUAGUUUAGGAGUGGGCUCCCAGCUCAUGUUUCCAAAUCAGGCCCUUCUCCUCUAAUGAAGACAGUAUGUGGGAUCCAUCGCCAGAGGCGAGCUUGGAAAACAUUACUUGAAUGGGUACAUUUUUUAAUGCAUAAAUGGGCCAGUGUUGCCCCAUUUGAAAGAUUUCGUCAAAGUUUGAUAUGGGACAAAUUUCUACAGGGUAUAUUUUUUAAAGAAAUCCAGAGCUCUUUUCAGAUGAAACGCAAAGUUCAAAUGCAACAUGUUUUGAUUGAGGUAUGUCAAAAAUGACUUUGCUUUUUGUUCAUUGUUCUGUUUCUAAUGUGGCAUAUUUUUACGAAGUGGACUAACAAAAAUGCCUCAUGGUGGUGUCACGUCACAGAUGUGUCCCAGAGAUACAUUUAACUAGAUGGUAAGGAUAUUGCAAGUCUUUGCGGUCUGGCUGCAAACUUCUUGGUGAAAUACAUUUACAGAGUCCAAACACAUAUUCACAUGCUCCAACAGUCUGCCACCAUCGGCUAUAAGAGUGUGUAGAACAUUUUAAUACUGUACAGUUAAACAAUGUCUAUUUUUGUUGUGACUAUGUUUUUGGGGAAUGCUGUUGGAUGGUGAGUUGGCCCUUUCUAGCAUCUUCUACAACUUUUUAACUGAAACAACAACCAACAACCAGUAAUUAGGGUGCAUCAUAAUCUCCAGAGGGUUGUUUAUGGAUUGAAUAAAUUCAACUUAAUGGGCAGACUGUCCAAAUUUCAAGUCUUGUUGGCUUCAUGAUACUUUAUGUUGCCUAUGGCAUGCCUUUUACUGCAAUUUUUUUUUCUUGUGUUUGACGAGUGAAUCCUAACUGCUAAAUGUUUUUAAGCUCUCUGUCUGCUUUUAAGUUUUGUAUAAAUGCCUUUGUUUUCUGAUUUAUAUUCAAAUGCAAAAAGCAAAUGUGUGGCUUGUUGCCCUUUCAUUGAGUCUUCCGAGAUCCUUCAGCAACACUUUACAAGUGCCGCCACAUGUGGAAGUUUAGUAUGAUCUUUAUGGAUUUCUUGGUUGCAGAGGUUUCUCUGAAUGGCACACCAAGUGUGAUUCAUUAAGUCCUUUAUUGGCUUUGAGAGAUGGGGCUUAUUGCUUUUUAGUCCAAUAAACUGAUCCAUGCUACCAAAAUGAACACUGUAAAACUUGCAGAAUUGAGUGGAGAGACGGGACUGAUUUUCAAUGGCUCGCCCUAUUAAAAUCCUGAUGCCAAACAAUAUACUCAAACUUCGUAUUCCUGUUUUUUCUUUUUCUUUUCAAUGUUUGGAUCAGGUUGCUUUUGAAACAUCUACUAGGAGUUAGAUGUAUUCUAUCUACAGUGAGAGCAUAACCUUUUUCACGAUUUCUAAACAUUUUAAAAUAGUCAUGAAUAUUGGAUGAGCUAUGUUAUAUAAAAACUAUCUCUCCGUGGUUUUGUUAA